CAGGAGGGACAGGAGGCAUCUUCAGGCCCUUUGCCGGGGGCCCUGCACACAACGUUUCUUGAAUGACUAACGGUGUCCUGCAACCAUUUGUGUCAAGACCAGAGAAAGCAUCUGGAGCACAGCCCAGAGGAACCUGCAUCCGUUUUGGUUGCGGUCUAUAUGAACUCCAUCUCACUACUGAUGGCCCUGCCACCACGGGGACAGAGGUGUCCAUCACAGCUAGCCUGGUGGCCAGUGACAAUGGCAGCCUGAUCCUGCCCUCAGACACCCACUUCUACCACUUUCGUUGGAUCCACAUGCCGCUGCUGCUCACUGGGAAGACUGAUGAGGCUCUCAGCUCUACCAUCCGAGCCGUGGGGAAUGUGCCCGGGGACUUCCCGGUGUCCGUCUGGGUCACUGCCGCUAACUGCUGGAUGUGCCGACCUGUGGCCAGGAGCUUUCUUGUCCUCCCCAUUACAGAGUUCCUGGUGGGGAAACUUGUGGUCACCCAGAACACCUCCCUGCCCUGGCCCAGCUCCUACCUCACCAAAACAGUUCUUAAAGUCUCCUUCCUCCUCCAUGACCCGAGCAACUUCUUCAAGACUGCCUCGUUUCUCUACAGCUGGGACUUCGGGGAUGGCACCCAGAUGGUGACUACAGACCCUGUGGUUUAUUAUAACUAUUCCAUCGCUGGAACCUUCCCUGUGAAGCUGAAAGUGGUGGUGGAGUGGGAGCAGGCCAAGCCUGGUGGAGGCAAAGGCAUCUUGCAGAAGACAGGAGACUUCUCCACCACCGUAAAGCUACAGGAAACCCUUCAAGGCAUCCAAGUCUUGGGGCCCACCUUAAUUCAGACCUUCCAAAAGAUGACAGUGACCUUGAACUUCCUGGGCAGCCCUCCUCUGACCAUGUGCUGGCGACUCAAGCCCGAGUGCCUCCCACUGGAGGAAGGGGAAUGCCACUCAGUGUCUGUGGCCAACACCGCCUACAACCUGACCCACAUCUUCAGGGACCCGGGGGACUACUGCUUCAGCAUCCGGGCUGAGAAUGCCAUCAGCAAGACGCAUCAGUACCACAGGAUCCAGGUGUGGCCCUCCAGCCUCCAGCCAGCUGUGUUUGCCUUCCCCUGCGCCACGCUCAUCACCAUGAUGCUGGCCUUCCUCCUGUACAUGGGCAUGCGGAACAGCUCCCAGCAGAAGGACAUGGUGGAGGUGGCUGAUUUUGACUUUUCCCCCAUGUCUGACAAGAACCCGGAGCCGUCCUCUGGACCCAGGUGCUGCUGCCAGGUGUGCUGUGGGCCCUUUGUGUUGGAGUCUCCAUCCGAGUACCUGGAAGUCGUCCGAGAGAACCAGGGCCUGCUCCCGCCCCUCUACAAGUCCGUCAAAAUGUACACGGUGUGAGCACCCCCACCCCACUCAGUGGUAACGGACUGUUGACUCGGCACUUCUGGUGGGUGGAGUUGGAGGGGUCCACAGCAUGGGGCCCCUUGCCCUGGCCAUCCAUGUAUCUGUAUAGUCCUGCUGCCACUCCUAGCCACUUCAGUUACACCUUCUAGCCAUCGUCAUCUGUCCUGUCCAGCCACUGCUGUGAGCCCUUCCCUAUCAGCCCCAGCCCACCCCUCUCCUUUGUAGAGGCCCCAAGUAGGACUCCCUUGGCCCCUGCCCGCCCACCCGUCUGUUCUCCCCAGGUUUACCCUCCAUUGGGUUUCGAGCUCCCCUCCCCCGGGCAGCCCUGUGAGGCCAGACUCAGGGGAGUCCCAAGUGGCUCAGGACGCAUCCUGAGGGCGCACGUGAGAGGACCAGUGUGCAUGCACCUUUGCACACAGCAGCACCUGUGUGUCCCGGGUCUCUUGCUCGGCUUCUCUGCUUCCUGAAGAAGCUGCUGGGACAUACCCGAGUUUGAACCAGAAUGAAACCUGAUCUCCACUUGGCUCCCCCAGCUUCUGGUCCUGGCUCCUCACCCCCACGGCCACCUGGCUCCCUUCUAAGGACAUCCUAUUCCCUGCCCACUUGCCGGAGACUGGGUGGGGCCAGGGUUGACACUUUGUGAGAACCAGGUGCUUUAUAAAUAGGAACUUUUAUUGAGAUGAUGUUAAACUGAGCUGAGAAAAACACCUGGCAGAUAAGAGUCAAGCUGGGGGGGGGGGCUGUAUUUUGUCACCCAGUUGCUCUCAGGGGUUUUGAGAAUGAAGCAGGUGUGGACAAGAUAUGGACAAGAAGGGGGUAAAAAGGAGAAGCAGGUCCGCUCCCCUCUGAUCCAGGCACCUUGGAGUGGGGAGUGGGGCUUGUGGAGAGAGGGGGUAAUGGGUGCAGCAAGAGGCCAUAAUCUGGGCCCCAUCCAACCAUAGAGGGAUGCCAGGAGCAACCCAGGCCUGUCUGGAAAGGGAGUGGAGGAGGGUGGGGGCUCUGUUGCUGUCAUCUUUGCUCUCAGGCUUUGUGCUGAAAUCAGGCCCAUCCUCACGCACCGCCGUCAUUGUAGCCAAAUAAAGCUCAUGUACUCUGAAUAUAGCCAA